UGGAAUGUCCUGCAAUAUCUAACAUGUAAGCACGUCGAAUCAUUUUCUAGACAGAAUCUGAACCUCUGUCUCUCAGUCUUUCUCUCCUUCUCAUUCUCUUUCAAUAUGGAACUUGAAAAGCAUGAAAAAAGAAGCGUAUUAAACAAGAAUUUAGAGGAGAAACUGACGGUCUCUGCUGGUGGUUCUGAAGCCAAACCUUUGAUCUUCACAUUUGUCCCCACUGUCAGAAGACUACCAACCCAUACUCAGUUGGCUGACACCUCUAAAUUCCUUGUUAAAAUUCCAGAAGAAUCAAGUGAUAAGAGUCCAGAAACUGUAAAUAGGUCUAAAUCCAAUGACUACUUGACCUUGAAUGCUGGGAGCCAACAAGAGAGAGACCAAGCGACAUUGACUUGUCCUUCAGAGGUCAGUGGAACGAUUUUACAAGAAAGGGAAUUUGAAGCAAACAAACUUCAAGGAAUGCAGCAAAGUGACCUCUUCAAAGCUGAAUAUGUCCUUAUUGUGGACUCUGAAGGGGAAGAUGAGGCUACAAGCAGAAAAGUUGAACAAGGCCCCCCAGGGGGGAUUGGCACCACAGCUGUCCGGCCCAAGUCUCUAGCAAUCUCUUCCAGUCUGGUCUCUGAUGUAGUGCGUCCCAAAACACAGGGAACUGAUCUCAAGGCCUCAUCACAUCCUGAAAUGCUUCAUGGGAUUGCCCCUCAGCAAAAGCACAGGCAGUUAACUUCUUCUUCCACUACCUCUGAGCAGCUUGCCUGUAAACCACCUGCUUUCUCCUUUGUUUCUCCAACUAAUCCGAACGCACCACCCGACCCAGUUAACCUCGAGGGAGCCUCUGUCCUAGAGGAGUUCCACAGUAGGAGGCUGGAUGUCAGUGGGGCCGUGGUGGAAGAAUCAGCUACGUAUUUUCAAACUACCGCUCACUCUACACCCUUUUCUGCAUCGAAGGGCACCUCCUCGACGUUACUGUUUCCCUAUUCCACUCAACUAUCAGGUUCUAAUUUAUCCAGUUCAACUGCGGCAGAUCCAAAGCCUGGACUGACCUCUGAAGUUCUCAAGAAGACAAGUUUAACCUCGCAUGUCCUUAGUCGCGGAGAAAGUCCGAGAACCUCUUCUCCUCCACCGUCCUCCAGUGCUUCUCUGAAGUCGAAUUCAGCCUUGUACAUACCAGUCCGCAUUGUCACGCAUUCACUGUCUCCCAGCCCCAAACCAUUUACCUCCUCUUUCCACGGCUCUUCUUCCACCAUCUGCAGCCAAAUGUCAUCUAGUGGAAAUCUUUCAAAGUCAGGGGUAAAAUCCCCGGUGCCUUCCCGGCUUGCCCUUCUCACUGCCAUUCUCAAGUCAAACCCUUCCCACCAAAGACCCUUUUCCCCUGCAUCCUGUCCCACCUUCUCUCUCAACUCCCCGGCCUCUUCCUCUCUCACACUUGAUCAAAAAGCAAAGCAGACCCCACCCACGCCUAAAAAAUCUCUCUCAAGUUGUUCCCUGAGAGCCGGGUCUCCAGAUCAGGGGGAACGCCAGGUUUCUGAGUUGACCCAGCAAUCUUUUCACCUGCCUGUUUUCACCAAGUCUACUCCACUUUCUCAGGCCCCCUCCCUCUCUCCUACAAAACAGCCUAGUAGCAGCCCUGCUUCCAUGAAUGUAGAGAGAACACCAUCACCUACUUUGAAGAACAAUACCAUGCUUUCCCUGCUACAAACCAGUGCAUCCAGUUCUGUGGGUCUUCCUCCUGUUCCACCAAGCUCUUCUCUUUCCUCUUUGAAGAGUAAACAGGAUGGUGACCUCAGGGGUCCAGAAAACCCCAGAAACAUUCACACCUACCCUUCUACAUUAGCCUCAUCUGCAUUGUCUUCUCUGUCUCCUCCUGUUAAUCAAAGAGCUACGUUCUCUUCUUCAGAGAAAUGUUUCCAUCCUUCCCCAGCUCUUUCAAGCCUGAUAAACAGAUCUAAAAGAGCUUCAUCCCAACUAUCUGGCCAGGAGUUGAGUCCUUCAGCUCUUCCUUCACUCCCUAUCUCCAGUGCUAGCUCUGCCUCUCUUCCCAACUUGAGGUCCUCUUCUCUCCCUCGUGCCAGUCUGCCCACCCUGGUGCCCCAGCUCAGUCCCUCAGCUCUGUAUCCACAUUGUGGCAGUGGUACCCUGCCUUCAAGACUUGGGAAAUCUGAAAGCAGCACCCCCAACCACAGGUCACCUGUUUCAACCCCAUCACUUCCCAUAUCUGUAACAAGAACGGAGGAGCUGAUUUCACCUUGUGCAUUGUCCAUGUCAACAGGCCCAGAAAAUAAGAAAUCAAAGCAAUACAAGACCAAGUCAAGCUACAAGGCUUUUGCAGCAAUCCCUACAAACACAUUGCUUUUGGAACAGAAGGCACUAGAUGAACCAUCCAAGACUGAAAGUGUCUCCAAGGACAACACAUUAGAACCACCAGUGGAGCUGUAUUUCCCUGCACAGCUCAGGCAGCAAACUGAAGAGCUCUGUGCUACCAUUGAUAAGGUCUUACAGGAUUCCUUGUCUAUGCAUUCUUCUGAUUCUCCUUCAAGGUCCCCAAAGACAUUGUUGGGUUCUGACACAGUCAAAACUCCCACAACUCUUCCAAGAGCAGCUGGUCGAGAAACCAAAUAUGCAAAUCUCUCCUCACCGUCUUCUACAGUAUCUGAGAGUCAGCUGACUAAGCCUGGAGUAAUUCGCCCAGUACCUGUAAAACCCAGAAUAUUACUGAAACAAGAGGAGGAAGUCUAUGAACCCAACCCUUUCAGUAAAUACUUGGAAGAUAACAGUGACCUCUUUUCUGAACAGGAUGUAACAGUCCCUCCCAAGCCUGUCUCGCUCCAUCCUUUAUAUCAGACUAAACUCUAUCCUCCUGCUAAGUCACUGCUGCAUCCACAGACCCUCUCACAGGCUGACUGUCUUGCCCCAGGACCCUUCAGUCAUCUGUCCUUCUCCUUGAGUGAUGAACAGGAUAAUUCUCACACUCUCCUCAGUCACAAUGCAUGCAACAAGCUGAGUCAUCCAAUGACGGCUAUUCCUGAACAUGAAGCUCUUGAUUCCAAAGAGUAAUGAAGUUGGAGCAGAGGCUGAAAACACAGGCUGCUGAAGUUUUUUGGAAUGCUGGUGCUAACACUUGCUAGAUUUAACUUUUUUUUUUUUCCAGAUUUAGUGCUCCCUUUAUGAGCUGCAGUGCAGCAGAACCAAAAAAGUUUGCUGCAGUUAUAUAGCAUCACAGUGCUCUGCUAACAGCCAGCAUAAGAGAGAUUUACCUACAGCUUUUUGCACCACUGUUCAAGCCUUUAAUGCCUUCUACUUAAUAUUAAGCUGACAGCAAUACUAACGUGCCCCUAUAUUUGGCAGCCAAAUAAAGAAGAAUCAUGGGUAAAUAGAA